AAGAGUUGAUUGGCUAGGAACCAAAUUAUUUGACUGUAUCUAUAAAGAGAUAGGAUAUACAAGACGCCCUAUUGUCCAGUUCAAGAGUUUCUAUAAUUGGUUCAAUAUUUUCAUAGCUUAAAAUUCCAAUGGCUACUAUCCUUGAGCAAUGUCAUAUUCAGCCUUCACCAAGCAACGUCAAUGAGUUUACACUUCCCCUUGUAUCCUUCGAUAUAGUAUGCUUGGAUUUUAAUCCAGUUUAUGGACUUCUCUUCUUUGAAUUCCCUUGUUCCAAGGAUCAUUUCCUGGAAACCAUUGUUCCAAAGCUCAAACAAUCUCUCCGCGAAACUCUCAAGCAUUUUCUUCCAUUCUCCGGCAAUAUAAUCCGCCCAAUAAACUCCGGCUGGCCUAUUUCUCGUUACGUGUUGGGGGAUUCAGUUUCUCUAACGAUUGCUCAGUGCGAUAAAGACUUCAAUCAUCUCACUGGGUACCAUCCCCGGGCUGCGGGUGAAUUCUACUCCUGCCUUCCUGAAUUGCCGCCUGCAACCCAUUCAUCGGAUUUCAUCAUAUUUCCAGUUACAGCCUUGCAAGUCACACUAUUUCCUGGCCACGGCAUCGGAAUUGGUUUUACGAACCAUCACACCAUUGGCGAUGCCAAUACAAUUUUUGGUUUUGUGAGAGCUUGGGCUACGGUUACCAGAUUUGGUGGAGAUUCACGGUUGUUUGAGGAUCAACUUUUGCCUUUUUAUGAUAGAACUUCUAUUGCAGAUCCAGAGGGACUCGAUUCCAUAUAUUGGGAACUGAUGAAGAAAUGUAGGCCAGUGGAUUCUCCAACUCUUAAGUUUAAUCUCGAUUCCAAUAGAGUGCGUGCCACAUUUGUAAUGACCAAAGACGAUGUCAAAAAACUCAAGAACUAUGUUUUGGGAAAGCUACCAAAGACAAACCACGUAUCAUCUUUCACCGUAAUCUGCGCACAUUUAUGGGUUUGCCUAGCAAAAUCUUUAGCUGCCAUAGGGGAGGAUGUAGCGGACGAUGAGGUCGAGUAUUUCUGUUUUCCUGCAGAUUGUCGAGCACACCUGAAUCCACCAUUGCCUGCUAACUAUUUUGGCAAUUGUUUAGCAUUUCUCAAGGCAGAAAUAGCACACGGAAAAUUGAAGACAAAUGAAGGGUUCUUAAUUGCUGCAGAGUCCAUUGGGGAUGCUAUUCAGAACACAGUGUAUAACAAGAAGGGUAUCUUGGAUGGAGCAGAGAACUGGCCUUCGGAUUAUUGGAAAUUGGAAGGAAAACGAAUAGUUGGAGUGUCCGGAUCGCCAAGAUUUGAUCUCUAUGAUGCAGAUUUUGGUUGGGGAACGCCCAAAAAGUUGGAAGAUAAUAAUACAGAUGGUGAUACCGAUACAUCAAUGUCCUUUUGUAAGUCAAGGGAUUUCCAGGGAGGUUUUGAGAUUGGCUUAUCGAGGCCCAAAGUUCUGGUGGAAGCUUUCGCACGGAUGUUUACCAUCUUACCCGGAAAUCCAUAGGUUCUGCAUUUCAAAAUUUUCUACCACGAUUGUAGUUUUUGUUGGGUUAUGUGCUCAUGUACUAAAAAUAACAUCUUUCAAUAAUAAAUAAAUUAUAGUUUUUAUUUA